GUGUGCUGGGGUCGGGCAGAUAGUGUGUUGCGCUGGGUGCAUAGAGGAGGGCGGCAGUGAUCGCUGGGAGCCGGGCAGAUCCCCCCGGGCGGCUGUGCAGUGUGCGGAGAUCCAUCCUCCCCCGUCUGUCAGUGGUACAGGCCGUGAAGAGAGUGGUCUCCGGGGGCUCGGAGCGGCUCAGUCAGUCAGUCGGUGUGAGAGGAGCGGGCGCUGCUGCUGCUGGGAGCGGCUGUCCGUGUGUCUGUACGACCGGGGGUCCCGACUGCUGCUCUCUCCCCCGCCGCCGCGCCAUGCACAGUGUCCCACCAAUGCUCCGCUGAAUGUGGACCCUGACGAGUCACUCUGGAUAUUGUCACAAGAAGCUGCUGUAAGGACACACCAUGGGGCAGUUACAGGACUUCCUGGCUUCCUACUUUCUUCUUUUGUGUUCCAUCACCAAGGCGGCCACGUUCCCGAGCUUUACAGUGUCCGACACGUCUCUUACACACCUCGCCGUGCACAAGCACACAGGGGACGUUUACAUUGGUGCAGUGAACAGAGUCUACAAGCUGUCGGAGAACCUGACGGAGUUGCGCUCUCACCUGACUGGCCCUAUUGACGAUAACUCGCGCUGCUACCCCCCGCCCUCUGUCCGUGUCUGCACUCACAAGCUCUCUCCCUCUGACAACGUCAAUAGACUUUUGUUGAUUGACUACACGGGUAAUAGGGUGGUGGCCUGUGGCAGUGUAUGGCAAGGGAUAUGCCAGUUUCUAAGGCUAGACAAUCUCUUUAAACUGGGAGAACCCCACCACCGUAAGGAGCAUUAUUUAUCUGGGGCAAGGGAGCCGGACUCAAUGACUGGGGUGAUUGUGGAACAAGAUGCAGAGCAGAGCAAACUUUUCAUUGGUACUUCUAUCGAUGGCAAAUCGGAGUAUUUCCCCACUCUCUCCAGCCGCAAGCUUGUGAGAAACGAGGAGAACGAGGAGAUGUUCCGCCUGGUGUACCAGGAUGAGUUUGUGUCUUCUCAGAUAAAGGUGCCCUCUGACACCCUCUCGCUGCACCCGUCCUUUGACAUAUACUAUGUGUAUGGCUUUGUCAGUGGUGGCUUUGUGUAUUUUUUGACAUUACAAUUGGAUACACAACAGACAUUGCUGGAUGCCACCGGGGAAAAGUUCUUCACUUCUAAGAUUGUGCGGAUGUGCUCCGGAGACCCAGAGUUCUACUCUUAUGUGGAGUUCCCUAUUGGAUGCACAAAAGACGGAGUAGAAUACAGGCUUAUUCAGAGUGCCUAUCUUAACCGGCCAGGGCAGAAACUGGCACAAGAACUAGGGAUACCAGAGGAUGAGGCUGUUCUAUACACCGUCUUCUCACAAGGACAGAAGAACAGAUCCAACCCUCCACGUGAGUCUGUUCUUUGCCUUUUCACCCUCAGCCAGAUCAACAAACACAUAAAGGAGAGGAUACAGUCCUGCUACCGCGGGGAGGGAAAGCUGUCUCUGCCCUGGCUGCUUAACAAAGAACUGCCCUGCAUUAAUACGCCUAUGCAUAUCCACGAUGGCUUCUGCGGAAUGGCUUUGAAUCAGCCAAUCGGGGGUCUGAAUGUGAUUGAGGGACUGCCUCUGUUUGAGGAGAAAAUGGAUGGCAUGGCUAGUGUGGCCGCGUACAGCUACAACGGGCAUUCUGUGGUAUUUGUGGGCACUCGUGUUGGGACUCUGAAGAAGAUUCGCGUGGACAGUCCUGCAGAUGCUGUGCUGUACGACAGUGCCGCUGUGGUGCCAGGGAAACCCAUAUUGAGGGACAUGGUGUUCAGCCCGGACUGGCAGUCUGUCUACAUCCUGAGCGAGAAACAGGUCAGCCGCGUUCCUGUGGAGAGUUGUCAGAGGUAUAACUCCUGUACCGUGUGCCUGGGGUCCGGAGACCCUCAUUGUGGCUGGUGUGUACUUCACAGCAGGUGUUGCCGGGAUACUGAGUGUGAACGAGCUGCUGAGCCUCAUCGAUUUACUACUGAUCUGAAUCAAUGCGUCCGUCUGGAAGUGACUCCCAAUAAUGUCUCCGUCAGUGUUCCUGAGCUGCUGCUGAAUCUGUCGGUGCAGAAUGUUCCUGAUCUGUCAGCGGGUGUCACCUGUGUGUUUGGUGAUGUGGCAGAGAGCGAGGCCGCAUUGGGGGAUAGAACGAUCCAGUGCUCCUCCCCCUCUCUACGCGACGUAUCUGGGAUUACUGGGGGACUUGGUGCGCUACACACUGUUCUACUACAUCUGAAGUCUAAGGAGACCGGCCUGAGAUUCGCCAGCACCGACUUUGUUUUUUACAACUGCAGCAUUCUCCAGUCGUGCCUUUCCUGUGUGAGCAGUCAGUACCCGUGUCACUGGUGUAAAUACCGUCAUGUAUGUACUCACAAUGCGGACGAGUGCUUCUUCCUGGAGGGACGAGUCAACCGCACAGAUGGUUGCCCAGAGAUCAUCCCUACCGAUGAAAUCCUGAUACCAGUGGGGGUAGUGCAGCCGAUCACCCUGAAAGCCAAGAACCUCCCGCAGCCUCAAUCCGGGCAGAAGAACUACGAAUGUGUCUUCAACAUCGAGGGGAAAGUCCAGCGGGUUCCAGCUGUGAGGUUCAACAGCAGCAGCGUACAGUGUCAGAACACUUCGUACACAUAUGAAGGGAAUGAAUCUGGUGACCUGUCUGUUGAUUUCUCCAUCGUGUGGGACGGACAUUUUUAUAUCGAUAAACCAGCCACAUUUAAAGCUUUGCUAUACAAAUGUCACGCUCAGCGGGAGAGCUGCGGUCUCUGUUUGAAGGCAGAUCCACGCUUUGAAUGCGGCUGGUGUGUAUCAGACAGUAAAUGCCUCCUCCGCCAGUAUUGUGCAAACCCCAAGACCAACUGGAUGCAUCUCAGCAAAAGGAACACGCGCUGUACCAAUCCCCAAAUCUAUGAGAUUCAUCCACUUACUGGCCCGAGAGAGGGAGGGACCAAAGUGACCAUUAGUGGGGCUAACCUUGGCUUGUACUUCCGAGAGGUGUGGGUGCAGGUGGCAGGGGUGCAGUGUGCGUCGGUGCCCUCGCAGUAUGUCAGCGCUGAGAGGAUAGUGUGUGAGAUGGAGGAGUCGCUGGUUCCUAACCCCGCCCCUGGCGUUGUAGAGCUGUGCAUUGGAGACUGCAGCGCAGAGUACAGGACUCAGUCUGACCAGCUGUACACUUUUGUGACUCCCAGUUUUUAUGAAGUGAGCCCCAUGAGGGGCCCGGCGUCUGGCGGUACGCGACUCACUAUCAGUGGGCGGAACCUGGAUGCCGGCAGCGCAGUGUCUGUACUUGUCAGAGGAUCAGAUUGUCGCUUUGUGAAGAGAAAUGUGCAUGAAAUCAUUUGCAUAUCGCCAGACUCCUCCCAGGGUCCCAGCUCUGCAGAUAUUACUGUGAGGAUUGACAAGGCCAGUGUACGGAACCCGGCAGUGAGAUACAUAUACACAGAGGAUCCCAGCGUCUCUCGCCUGGAGCCAGCCUGGAGUAUCUAUAAUGGCAGCACUUCAAUCACUGUGACCGGCACACAUUUACUCACCAUUCAGGAACCUCGGGUUCGGGCCAAGUAUUCCGGCAUAGAGACGGUCAAUACCUGUCGCAUAAUUAAUGACACGCUGAUGCUCUGCAAGACUCCUGGUAUUUACCCCUCAAGUGGCGAGCUAGUUCCAGAUGAAGGAAUUCAGCCGGAUGAGUUUGGGUUCAUCUUGGACAAUGUAACUGCCCUCCGUGCUCUGAACUCUACCACGUUUACUUAUUACCCCAACCCUGUUGUGGAAUCGUUUGGCUCUGGCGGUAUCUUGGAGAUCAAACCAGGGUCUCACGUCAUCCUCAAGGGGAAAAAUUUGCAGCCUGCUGCCCCUGGAGGUGCUAAACUGAACUACACCGUCCUGAUUGGUGAUGUGCCUUGUGCUCUUACAGUUUCUGAUGCUCAGCUACUCUGUGAUUCUCCUAGUCAGACUGGAGAGCACCGUGUUACUAUCAUGGUGGGCGGAAUGGAGUUCUCUCCAGGAACCCUGAGGAUUUACUUAGACAGCUCGCUCACCUUGCCAGCCAUUGUGGGGAUCGGUGCCGGAGGGGGACUGUUGCUUCUUGCGAUCAUUGCCGUCCUCAUUGCUUACAAAAGGAAAACACGGGACGCUGACCGUACGCUCAAAAGGCUCCAGAUGCAGAUGGAUAACCUGGAGUCACGAGUAGCAUUGGAGUGUAAGGAAGCAUUUGCCGAGCUCCAGACCGACAUCAAUGAGCUGACCAAUAAUAUGGACGGAGUAAAGAUCCCAUUUCUGGAUUACAAAACCUACGCUAUGCGGGUCUUGUUCCCUGGCAUAGAAGACCACCCUGUACUCAAGGAGCUGGACAUCCCCCCUAAUGUGGAGAAAGCCCUGAGACUCUUUGGCCAGCUCCUGAACAACAAGACCUUCCUACUGACCUUCAUCCACACCCUGGAAAACCAGCGCAGCUUCUCCAUGCGUGACCGUGGCAACGUAGCCUCACUGACUAUGGUGUCGCUCCAGGGCAGAAUGGAAUACGCCACCGUCCUCCUCAAACAGCUGUUAAGUGACCUAAUCGAGAAGAACCUGGAGAGCAAGAACCACCCUAAACUACUUUUGCGCAGGACGGAGUCUGUGGCAGAGAAGAUGUUAACGAACUGGUUCACAUUCCUACUGUAUAAAUUCCUCAAGGAAUGUGCAGGUGAGCCGCUCUUCAUGCUUUUUUGUGCCAUCAAGCAACAAAUGGAAAAAGGGCCAAUCGAUGCCAUUACUGGGGAGGCCAGGUACUCACUGAGCGAGGACAAGCUCAUCCGGCAACAGAUUGACUACAAAGUACUGACCCUGAGCUGCAUUUGCCCAGACAGUGAGAAUGGAACAGAAAUCCCUGUGAAGGUCAUUAAUUGUGAUACAGUGACCCAGACCAAGGAUAAGCUGCUGGAUGCCGUCUAUAAGGGAAUUCCCUACACCCAGAGGCCCAAAGCAGAAGACAUGGACCUUGAAUGGCGUCAGGGACGUAUCACCCGCAUUGUCCUUCAGGAUGAGGAUGUCACUACCAAAAUUGAAUGCGACUGGAAGAGGCUGAACACAUUGGCACAUUACCAGGUUACAGAUGGCUCCACUGUGGCUCUGAUUCCAAAGCAGGUUUCCGCUUACAACAUCACCAACUCCUUCACAUUUACACGCUCCCUCAGUCGGUAUGAGAGCCUUCUCCGCACGUCUAGUAGCCCAGACAGCUUGCGCUCACGAGCCCCCAUGAUCACUCCCGACCAGGAGACUGGCACCAAACUGUGGCAUCUGGUGAAGAAUCAUGACCACACCGACCAUAAAGAGGGUGACCGUGGCAGCAAAAUGGUAUCCGAGAUCUACCUUACUAGGUUAUUGGCCACAAAGGGCACUUUGCAGAAGUUUGUGGACGACCUGUUUGAGACCGUGUUCAGCACAGCACAUCGAGGCAGUGCCCUUCCCCUUGCCAUCAAAUACAUGUUUGACUUUUUAGACGAGCAGGCAGAUCGAAGGCAGAUAUCUGACCCAGAUGUCCGGCACACCUGGAAAAGCAACUGCUUGCCACUGCGCUUCUGGGUGAAUGUAAUAAAGAAUCCUCAAUUCGUCUUUGACAUCCACAAAAACAGCAUCACGGAUGCGUGCUUGUCUGUGGUGGCUCAGACAUUCAUGGACUCUUGUUCCACCUCUGAACAUCGACUUGGAAAGGACUCUCCAAGUAACAAACUUCUUUAUGCCAAGGACAUUCCGAACUAUAAGACCUGGGUGGAACGAUACUACAGAGACAUCAACAAGAUGGCUGCUAUUAGCGACCAGGAUAUGGAUGCCUAUCUGGUGGAACAGUCACGCUUGCAUGCAAAUGACUUUAACUCCCUCAGUGCUCUCAGUGAGCUCUUCUUCUAUGUGAACAAAUACCGGGAGGAGAUCCUCACGGCCUUGGAUCGGGAUUCAUAUUGCCGGAAACACAAGCUGCGGCAGAAGUUGGAACAAGUUAUCAACAUGGUUUCCAGUAAUAGCUGAACCAUGUGAUCCCCUCUUUGUCCUUUAUAUCCCUCAACCUUUACAUCCCAGGAAACCAAGAUGAGACAGAAAUGAAUAGGUAGAGGCCCACUUGGAGGCCGACAAUACCAUAAAGUGACUAGGAGGGGUGAUGGGCAAUGUGCAAAGCUAUGGUACUGCCAUAGAGACUCCACAGAAGCAGCACCUGAAUCCAGAUCACCAGCCAUGGCACCCCAUGGCAUGCCCGUGCCUCACUCUUCUAUGUCUGUGACAAGGUGCCCGUGUUCCAGUGCCUUGUUCUUGGGAGAGCAGAGCUGUGACUGCACACUGUUGUAAUAAUACUGGUUGACCACUGGAUGGGGUCGGUGUAAACACCAACUAUCUCUAACUUUUUGAGGGCACAGCGUCCUCGCCUACCACCCUUGUCCCUAGACUACCAGGACUCCCUAGCCAAUCCGGAGCUUGCACACAGUGAGGACCUAACGUGAAGCCAUAUGACUCAGAGGGACAUGUGCCCCCCAUGUUUGUUAUCCACUAAUAAUCUCAGUGCACUAUUGUACCCCGAGUUCCUUGCUGCUCCUCUUAUGUGUUUUCAGUGCAACCCCAGACCCUGUGUAGAGCAGGACCAUGUACUACUUAUCUGUGAUGUGACAUGGGGUUAUCCCAAGAUUAGGUUUUAUAGGUAGGAGGGGACCCCUUUAUGUUAAUGAGAUUUGUGCCAUGCGAUAUCAGUGCUAUUUUUAUUACAGAAGGAGGUGGAUGGGAGCCCCCCCCCCCCCCCCCCCCCCACAUUGUACUAUGUUCCCUGGAUAUCAUGACUGUCAGGAACUAGAUUGUGUUGGGUUACAGACGUCUGCUACAUGAAUUCUCCUUGCGUCUUGAUUUAACACUUUGGUUUCUGCAGUACUCCACUUACCGGAGUAAUAAGUGGCCCAGUCUGUCUUGUGUAUAGCUGUGUGAGUCAGGGCGCCCUGGUAAUUUGUGGACUAAGCAUUCAUUCCAGGCUCUGGUAUCUAGAUCUUGGGUUUUAUAUUUAAUUUUAUUUAUUUAACUUAUUCUUAUUUUAUCCUCUGCUGCAAAUUUUUAUAUGGAAUCUGUUCUAAGUGGGGAGGUGCGAGGUGUGUGUGUGUAAUGUGUGUCUUCAGUUGUCUAUGGAAAUUACAUUUAUUUUUAACUAUUCUGGGUCACAACCAACAAGACUAUUAGAAUAACAUGGUGAGCAUCCCUUUACCCCCUAUCAACCUCCCCCGACGUUCCUGCAUUGUAAAUUCUCACAGACCUGUAAUAUUGUGUGAGGUGUUAUAUGCAGCCUGCUCCAAGUGACCUCAGAACAUGGGAGUUGCAGUAAGGGGACCGAUCCAGCAGCCGUCAUGUGUGCCAUCCCAGAGGAAUAUCUCUGCCGGGGACACAAACCAAAGCAUUACAAGAAAGCAAUAACCAAGCACCAGGAAACUGCAAGCUGGCUUCACAUUUCUUAGCUACCCAUAGAGAAUCAGCACCACCCCAUUCAUGGUUCACCUUAACCCGCCAUGUUCUGAGCUUUAGCUGCCAUAUACGUAAUCUUGUUGCUUUCUUCCCAUUGUUGCUUAAAAGACUAAUCCAAACAUCCAACAUGGUACUUCUAUAUGGAACCACUUUAUUCCUAUUUCUGUAGAUAUUCCUUAGGUGUUAUACUGCCUGACUUCCCGUGUCAGGUGCAUCCUUGGACCCUCCUGUCCUGUAUGUGUUCCUGGGCCCUCCUGUUCUUGCAAUGGUUGAAUCACUGACCCCUUUUCUCCAUAUACUGGGUUCAUUCCUGGAACACUAUGUCCCUGUGCUGGGUGGGCCCCUUUGGUCCUUGUGCUGAACCCCUCAUUUCCUACUCCCCAUUCCUCCCAUACUGAUUUACCCCAUCCUUGUGCUUGACUGAUCUCACACCUGGCCCUGGGUAGCUGCCUGUCCUCGCCCCUGGCCCUGGGUAGCUGCCUGCCCUCACCCCUGGCCCUGGGUAGCUGCUUGCCCUCACCCCUGGGUAGCUGCCUGCCCUCACCCCUGGCCCUGGGUAGCUGCCUGUCCUCGCCCCUGGCCCUGGAUAGCUCCCUGCCCUCACCCUGGCCCUGGGUAGCUGCUUGCCCUCACCCCUGGAUAGCUCCCUGCCCUCACCCCUGGCCCUGGGUGGCUCCCUGCCCUCACCCCUGGCCUGGGUAGCUGCCUGCUCUUACCCCUGGGGAGCCACCUACUCUCACCCUAGACCCAUGAGUAGGCACCUGAGCUCACCCCUCAACACCCCCUUUCCUUCUCUGCUUGGUGUCAGACUGCCAAUGUUCUUUGUUGCCAAACUGGAAACAUUCCAUACUAGCGUAUGUGUGUGCGCGCACCUACCCGACAAUACCUCACACAUGCAGGGUUCCCAGUGUGUAAAUAUGGAGAAACAUAUAUAUUUUGUAAGUCUGUGCCACUGUCUUGUAUCCCCCUCUUCAUCCCACAGAACCCCUUCACUACCAGUUCCAUUUCUGCUGGAAGGAAUGGUGACUUGUUGAGAUUUGAUCUUGUCUCGCAUCUCCACCAGGAAUGAAGGGAUUUAGGUGCCUUAGUAACAUACUCCACCCCAUAGGAUCUGAUCCAGAGAUGACACAUGCAGGGUCCACAGUAUUUAUCAGCACUUUAUGUCUACAGUGGCGGCGGAUCCGAUACUGUGAGCAUGGCGUUUUUAUUUCAUGAUGUUCUUUUGCAAAAUAAAUGAUUUCCAAUGCAAA